UCAUGGACAAAACGUUAAAACUAACUGUUUUUAAAUGCUCAAUAUUCUCUGACACACUGAAACCCAAGGAUGAGUCUUUCGUGAUAGCACGCACACUCGUUUGUCAUCAGUGUUGACUCGCGUGCUGCUUGCUAUCUACCUCGACUUAAACUCGGCGCACACACCGUAGCGCUUAUCAUUACAGCACAAGGCCACCGAUCAGAACAGUCGUGUUCGAGCAAUAGGCAAGUGAACAUGACGCAUCACUGUUUGAACUGAUCAUAAACCUGGACUAGUGCCUUUGUAUUUCAUCUUUGAUAUCUUGUGUCAUUCUGAACUACAUGUACUCCUAAAGAAAGCAUAAUGCAUUUUGUCAAGAUGUCUGUAACGUGCCGUUUAAUUGUAGUGUUUUCAACUUUAAUGAGUGGAGUUUUGACACAGCACUAUGGUCAUAACCAGGAACUUCCCCAUUUCACCAAGGAACCAGCUAAUGUUACUGCUUUUCUUGGGGAAUCAGCUCUCCUGACUUGUUCGGUGACACACCUCGGCGGUAACCAAGCCGUAGCGUGGAUGAAGCUGAACCCGACAUCGUCCUUCCUGACGAGUGGGACACAGUCCUUCGCAUCGGAGCAAGGCAAGCUGGUGGUUGUCGGAGAACAGAUCGAAGGAAAUCUCCAGUACGAUCUGCUCAUCACCAACGUGACAGAAGAUGAUGCCGGCGAGUAUAUCUGCACGGUGGUGGAAUUCGGGGAGUUGAACUAUCGUCGGUGGCGUCGAUCUCAAGUGGCCAUUGUAAAUGUCAUCGCCCCGAAACCACGCCCGACUCUGAGAUGUAUUGGGGACCCUAAUCCUGGACACCUGCACGUCGGUGUGCACUUUCGGCUUGGAUGUAAGCUUGAUGGCGCAGGGCACUUGGAUACUAAGAUCAGCAUGAAUUGGACGAAGAAUGGGAAUAUGGUGGUUUCCAGGACAAGGUUUGAAGGUAUCCAGUUUGGGAGUGGGAGAUAUUUUCCGGAGCUGAUGCACCUGUUUCAAGUUUCCGUUCGUGAUAUGGGGGCAGUGUUUGAAUGUUCAGUAGAAUAUGAUCAUUAUAAUGGUACGGACUGGGGAACUUUCCGAGAUACUUGUACUAUUGAACCGCUUAAUGUGAAACCCUAUUCCAACCUCGUUCUUCGUAAACGAUCAAUGGCUUCAGUCGACGAAGGACAGGAGGUAAGGUUUCAUUGUCCAUCUACAGGAGGACCUAAAACCCAAGAACCAAUACUACAGGCUUUUACUUGGAAUAUUGUCCCCACCAUCUCACCGUCGCGAUUUCGGUUAUCACACCAUGGUGACGAACUGAUCAUCCAUCGUAUCAUUGCGGAAGAUAAUGGGCUCAAGAUAUCUUGUUUCAUUCCUCCUCUUUCGCAGACCACUCCAAAACGGGAGCUCUACCUAAAGGUACGAUCCGUUGAUUCUUCCCUACUCUGGGAGCCUCGUCAACCAGCUAUCGUUGUUCCAUUUGGACCAGAGUCACUGACAAAUUCUAGUAACUCGGUUAACUCAACGGGUGCACCUAUGACAGGAUCUGGUUCUGGUAACGCAACAACGGAUGCACCUUCCACUGUGACGCCUGUAGCAGAGUUUAACACUAGUCUAACAAUGGAUUCUGGUCCGAGCCCAAACUAUUUGAAUGCAGGGUAUUCUGACAAAAUUAACGGGACGGGUCGAGAACAUAACAAUGCCAAUAAGAAUGGAUCAACGGCAACUCAAAGUGCUUUAUCAGUUGGAAACCUGACAAUUGCAUUUCAGCUGAUACCACCAUCAUCCGUAACAGACGCAGCAAAUAUUUUAGCACAAAUGACUUCAUCGUCAUCAUCGUCGUCAUCAUCAUCUUCAUCAUCAUCAUCUUCAUCAUCGUCUGGUUCAUCAGACAAGGGUGACGGUGGUUUGACGGAUACAGGUGAUGGUGGAUACAUGGAUGGUGGUGAUGGUGGAUACAUGGAUGGUGGUGAUGGUGGUUUCAUAGACGGCGGUGAUCCUUUCCUGGGACAUCCAAACCUGGACUACACCUACGACCCUGGAACCGAUGCAGUUAGCCAAAAUAUCAAUCGGACAACCAUCCAACCUAGUGAUCUCACUUCAUCAGACUUCAUCUUCAUCUUUGUCAUGAUCGCCGAAGUUUUACUCACUAUUCUCCUAGUCGUUCUCCUCCUCGUCACCGGACCCGUCUGCUUCGCUUCGAAACGAAACAAGGACAUGGAGCACACAAAAGACACCGACAUCGAGAAAUCAGCAGCGCCUUUUCCGGUCAUAAUUGCGCCGUCGAGCAUGGAAUCGUCGAAAACAAUAAAACCUAUGAAUGAGAAAAUGAAAUCGUCAAAAAUGAUUCCAUCUCCUGGUGAUAUAGUGAAACCCUUGAACAAAGAGAUUCCUACCGUCGAUAUCACACUGUCAUUUGAAAUGAAGGAGAAAUCAAAAGAUGUGGUGAAAGAUUCGAGAAGCGACAGGAGCGAUGUUUCUACCGUAUCCGGUUCUAUCAAAGAUGAACAGGCAAGUGAUGCAAGCACUGUGGAAUUCAAGACAUUUGGAUACCCACGAAGUGAUGAUUCGUCAGAAGCAUGAAUUCAAGAGAAAAUCGUUGAUUGAAUUAAGCAAUCGUUGAGGAUGAAAUGUGAAAACAUAUGUAAACUGAUACAUGCAAUGGUAAGCACAUUGUGUCUCCUUAUAGAAUUGUUUGUACGAUGUGUGACUCGAAGGAGCGCCUUCUCGCAUCACUGGUAUUGGAAUGAUGCUUUAUGAAUAAUAGUGCCAAAGAAUUGAGAAAUACGCAGAAUGCAAUUUUGAGAAAAUUGUUUUGAAUGACACAAGAUGAAAUGCAUUCUUGAGGGUAUGUAUUAGAAUGUGAUUGCCAUAGAACUGUUGUGAAUGUGUAAUGACACAUUUAUGUUUGAUUCAUGCUUUUCCUAUGAGUUUGAAUUUUGUUAUGUUGUAUUUUCAAGACGGAGAGUGAGAAUUCAUUAUGAGGCUAAAACAUUCAGGAUGUGACUCUUCAUGUUAUGUUACGCUAGUACGCCUCCAUGCUACUAAUAUCCGUUUCUUAAUGAGAGUCAUCAUAUUGGUCUAUAAUCAUUCAAAAGAAUACUAAAACGAAACUCUUGGAAUCUAAUUCCUUAAACUCUUAUGUGCGCAUUUCUUUGACUUCUUUCAAUUUUUUUAAAUAUGAAAUAUAGAUGAAAAUGUCAUGUUCUUACAACCAUGUAUCGGUGCUUUUUAUCUCGGUCACAAAUUUCAUGCGAAACCUCGUAAGUGAAACUAGGGCCAAUGUUAAUUGUCCUUAGGAGAGGUGAUACGUCAGUGAUGAACAACCAUGGGAACGUGAGAGAUUACAUUAAUUAGUUCCUAUCUUUCAUUCCAAGACAUUGAUAGGUUUAUAACAUGUGGUGCAUUUAGACCGGUUUUUUUCCAUGACCUAUAUAUGUUCGAUAUUCAGACAUCAGUUGUCAGUAUUAUGCACUGGCUCAAGUUCAACCAACCAAGUAAAUAUAACUUAGUUUAUAAAAAUAUGCCAUUUUCUAAAUUCAUCAUUAUUCAUGACAAUAUGUAAUAUCACCACGACAAAUCAUCUCCAUAUUACGUACAUGUAUAUAUCAUGAAACAUGGGAGGCUGGCACGUUUGAACCAUGCAAUAAGUGCAGUUGGCAAACCUUUUGUAAACCCAGCCCUUUUUGACAAAUACAUGCCGAAAAUGGAUCUGUUUGUUAUUUGGAAUUAUGUAUCAAUGUUCCGUCACAAUGACGGCACUACACCCACGGCUUAUGAUCUUUAAACGCGGCCAAAUUUAGACACGUGUCCGAAAGUUGAGUUAUACUUGCAUAAUAUGAUAUACGCGAUUUCCGGUGCCUAUCCCGACAUGCCCUCCUGAAAGAAAGAACUAGAUUGAUAGGAUACUCACAGCUGAACACAUGCAGGGACAAAAUUAAUCGCAUCCUUAUAGGUUAAAGAAAAAAGACCAUUCAUGAUUUCGACACCACGUUGAUGCAAUGGUUCGAAAGUGGACCUCACUGUCACAUCCGUCUCUUUGUAGUUUGAUUCUGUCAAUUCAUUCUUCACGUUGAAAAAAUAUCAUGCAUUUUGGUGAGCAGGUGUUCAGUGAUAUAAACAACAAUGUAAUUUGAUAAUAACAUAUAAAUCACUAAAUGGAAAGAAUAUAUAUAUACAUAAUGACAAGAACAAAUUUCUCCAGACUAAAUACUACAUAACCUGCAAGUGACAGUGCCACUGCUUAGUGUUCAUGGUAUACAUACAUGUAAAACAACAUUCCCUAAUUGGAUUAGUUUGAACUGUUUCUUUUCCUUACAUUACUCAUGAUAUAAUUCCCUAAAUACCUAGUGAAUCAAACAGUUUUUGGUAACAUGAGUUAUCUCAGGAGUUGUCAAGAUUGAUUAAGGAUAUGGAAGUAUACCUUCAGGAAAAGAAAUAUUCCAGCGUAUCCAUGUACAUAACAUUUCUUAUUUCACCCGUGGGAUUUUCUAAAAUGCUCCUUGCAAUCAUGCCGUGUUUUAGAGGUUACACCGAAAUGAUGAACCCAUAGAGUGUGAUGAUGCAUCCCUAAUUAUACACCCAUUUCUUGAUCUUACCAGUCACAGUGAUCUUCCGAAGAUGUCAAAGUCUUGAGGGAACAGGUGUUACCCCUUUCAUGCCUUUGAUCCCCUCGGCUCAGGUAUAAUGACCCUGACUGGAGUCCAAAGGGGUGACGGGGAUUCCAUCACCAUGCAUGCUCAUAGUCUUGUGAUGUGUAUGAAUUCAUAUAGGGGUGUAGGAAUGUACCCCGGAAGGGGUGUAAGGGUAAACCCUUUUAACAUAUUUAAAAGGGGUACAAGAUGCCUUUAUAUAUCUUGAUAUCUGGUUUCGGUCAUGCUAUACUUGCGAAAUCGCCAAGGAAGUUUCUGGAAUCUGAUUAUCUAACAUGUCUAACCUGUCCCCUCGAGUCUUUAAACGUGUCUGAACUUAGUGCAAAUUUGGAAAGGUUCUAAGAACAAAAGCUUAUGCAAUGAUGGUGCUGCCAGAAAUAUAUCUAGAAGCCAUGGAUGUUAUAAUGAACCCCUGCAGGCGAAGAGAAGCAUCAUUCUCAGAGCCCAACAAGCACGACACGGGUGUAUUGGGGGUGUAAGACGUAUCCAAAGAUUACCCCCGUCUACGGAUCCUCGGGCAACUAUGUUCUAAGUUUGUACCAGAAUCCCAGAAGGUUUCGCACCUCAUUACUUGCCUAUUCCCUUUCCACUUCCGCUGUUGGCACAGAUUGACAAUAUUGUAUUGAUAGUUUGGUUCAUAAUCAAAUUACCGUAGGGUUUCCGUUCAUUAUCAUCAUACAUGCGAUGAUAAUUAUAACUGCCUUUUUACUGCCGCCAUUGGCAAAGUUUUUCAUUUUCAAUAUAACACAAACCAGUACAAUACAGAAAGAUUUUAGCAAUCAUACAGGUGAAGUAACUGCUGACAUCAUGGUCCUCACUCUAAAAAAAGGUUUACCCAAUAUAGGUUAAAAUGGGAACAUGAAUGUUGAUUUGGUAAAUAGAUACCCAAUAUUUUGUAAAUUUUACGCAUUGUUGUGUUGAAAUAGCUCAAUAUGGGGGAAAAAUGCACAACAAAUAUGCACGUUCCCUUUCUAACCAAUAUUGGGUAAAAUUUCACCCAUUGUUUUAGAGUGUAUUAUAAUUUGAUAACAGGACUUCACAUUAACGCUAUGAAUCUAAUACCAUGUUCCACCAUUAAACAUGUUAAAGAUACUGUCAGUAAGCUGGCAUUUACUGUUAAUUAAACAAUGAGGUUGACAUCGUAAGGUGAAACCCACAUUGCAUUUUCCAUAUGAUUUUGGGUGAUUGGUGGCUGUUAUGGAAGUGGCGAUCGGGGGCUGGGAAUUGUGGUCACGCUAUCGAAUAAUUUUGGAGCGGAAGGGUAUAUGAAGAUGACAUCCUAUACACACACGACAGCCAUCUACAGCCGUUUGUGUAAAAUACCCGUGUCUUGAUGAAGGUCAUUGUGACAUC